AUGGAGUUUGUCACGAAGAAGUACUACUUCGUCACCAAUCUUGUCCUCCUCUUUCUAUUCUCAAUAGCCAUUAUCCCACUUUAUUCCGGCUUGCCUCCCGGCAUCUUUUCCAGUCCAUUCAACGCCUUCUUUAAAGGAAAUCAAAGCAAUGUGAAUGUCACAGGAUAUCAAGAUGAGCUAGAAGAAGCAUUGUCCAAAGCUUCCACAAAGGACAAUACGGUGAUCAUCACUGUAGCAAACAAGGCGUACGUCGAACCCCACAACGACCAAUAUCCGACCAUGUUUGAUAUUUUUCUCGAGGGUUUUUGGGUCGGAGAGAAAAUACGCAAUUUGCUGGAUCAUUUGUUGGUGGUUUCCAUGGACCAAACUGCCUACGACCGAUGUUUGUUUAAUCGGUUGAACUGUUAUAGAUUGGUAACGGAAGGCGUCGAUUUCGCGGAGGAAAAGCUAUACAUGUCGGAAGGUUUCAUCAAAAUGAUGUGGGCUAGGACGGGUUUGCUCGUCGACGUUCUCAAGCGGGGUUACAACUUCAUAUUCACUGACAUGGAUAUAAUAUGGCUAAGGGAUCCAUUUCCGAUAUUAUUAGGACCGGAGGGAGUAAUGCUCAACGAAACAGAUGACUUGCAAAUUAGUACGGACAGAUUCAAUAAUGAUCCGAGAUCAAUUGAUAACGCGAUCAACACUGGAUUUUACCACAUUAGAUCAAACAACAAAACCAUAACCUUAUUGGAAACCUGGUACGACCGAAGACGAAUUUCCAACACGACAAAAGAACAAGAUGCUUUGCGGCGUUUGAUUUGGGAAGGUAUCAUCAGGAGAUUAGGGCUCAAGGUUAGGUUUUUGGACACCCUUUAUUUCAGCGGGUUUUGCCAAAAUAGCAGAGAUGUAAAGUCAGUGGUCACGGUCCAUUCAAAUUGCUGCUGGAGUAUUGGAGCUAAGGUUUCCGAUUUAGCCAUUGUUUUAAGAGAUUGGAGAAUGUCCAUGAAGUUUAGAGAUCCUGCGGCAAAUAGUAGUGAAUUUCAAUGGUCACCUCAUGAUUUCUGUCGAAAAGCUCGGGAAAAACCACCUCAAGUUUAGUUUAGGGAAAGAGCAAUAGGAGCUUAAUAGUCUCUAUUUACAAUUAUUUAUGUUUGGGAACAUGUAUGAGGUAUUGGCUAAUGAGGUUAUAACUAGCUGGUGUGGGACCGCGUGAGGUGCGGUUGUGGGUGUAAGGUACCCGGUUAUGUUUUUGAUAUAUUAUAAAGUAAACUAG